AUGAUCCUCAAAACUGCUGUUGAGGUUGCAAUCACAGCCGUCGUAGCUGGCACUUUUUAUUACUACCUUCCCGACUUGUGGCCCUUUGUCGGUAUAGUUUUAUUCGGGUCGUGGAGUAAAUAUCUGGUCGGAAAGUUUAAUGAAAGGGCACCUGUCUUGAGUCCUACCGAAUGGAAGAAGUUUCCUUUGAUUGAGAAGAUAAGAGUCAGUCAUAACGUCGCAUUAUAUCGUUUUGGUCUUCCCCAUCCAGAAGACUUUCUUGGCCUUCCAAUUGGACAGCAUAUCUCAGUAAAAGCUGAAAUAGGCGGUAAGACAGUACAGCGUAGCUAUACACCUACGAGUUCCGACGAUGACCUUGGACACUUUGAUCUGCUGAUUAAGACGUAUCAUAAUGGAAUAAUCUCGAAGUAUAUUUCUGAACUGAAAAUCGGUGAUCAGAUUGAUGUAAAGGGACCAAAGGGUCAGUUUAAAUACGCACCAGGUUUAGUUAGAGCAGUAGGAAUGGUCGCAGGCGGAACCGGAAUAACGCCGAUGUUACAAAUAAUCCGCGCUAUACUGAAGAACCCGGAUGAUAAGACUAUUGUUAGUCUGAUAUUUGCUAACAUUGCAUUAGAAGACAUCUUGCUCAAAGACGAACUGGAUGGUCUUGCUGCUGGACACGACAAUUUCACUGUACAUUACACUUUAGACAAGCCACCGGAGGGAUGGACAGGAAAUGUUGGGUUUGUGACGGCUGAUAUGAUUAAGAAGCAUUGCCCUGCACCUGCGGCAGAUGUAAAAAUUCUAUUGUGUGGACCGGGGCCUAUGGUAUCCGUUAUGAAAAAGCAUUGUGAAACAUUAGGUUAUGAGAAACCAAGGGCCAUAUCAAAAUUGGAGGAUCAAACAUUCGCAUUCUAA